AUGGCCGGAUCACCUGUAGGCCAUGGUGGAUUAUUACAACCUGGUCAGUCUAUGACCCCACCCCCUUCUCUUUCUGGAUCCUCCUCGAAUCUCACAUUAGGUAGGUUCUUGACAUUUAGUUUUGGUGCCGCACGUCCGUAUUCUGCUGCUCCAGGAGCGGAAGCUAAAUAUAGAGCUGGUCUGAUGUCUCCAGCUAAUGGUCUGUUUGGUAAUACAUCUUUAUUUCAGAAUAGAAACAUGGCGUCUAGAAGUUUAUCUAAAGAAGUGACUGGAAGAAGUCGUCUAUUAGAAGAUUUUCGUAACAAUCGUAUCCCCAAUUUACAGUUAAAAGACUUAGUGAAUCAUGUGGUAGAAUUUUCACAGGACCAACACGGCUCAAGAUUUAUACAACAGAAACUAGAAAGAGCAUCAACUCAAGAAAAAGCUAUGGUAUUUACAGAGAUAUUAACAGCUGCCUAUAGUUUAAUGACUGAUGUAUUUGGAAACUAUGUCAUACAGAAAUUCUUUGAGUUUGGAUCAGCUGAUCAGAAGAAUACAUUAGCUCAGAGAGUCAGAGGUCAUGUAUUACCGUUAGCGUUACAGAUGUAUGGUUGUAGAGUGAUACAGAAAGCUCUAGAGUCUAUACCAUCAGACAUGCAGGUAGAGAUUUUAAAAGAAUUAGAUGGUCAUGUAUUGAAAUGUGUGAAAGAUCAAAAUGGAAACCAUGUUGUACAGAAAUGUAUCGAGUGUGUUGAACCUAAACAUCUUCAGUUUAUAAUUGAUGCUUUUAAAGGACAGGUCUAUACACUGUCAACUCAUCCCUAUGGUUGUCGUGUCAUACAGAGAAUAUUAGAACAUUGUAUAGCUGAACAAACCACACCUAUAUUAGAUGAACUUCAUGAUCAGGUUGAGAGAUUAGUACAAGAUCAAUAUGGUAAUUAUGUAAUACAACACGUAUUAGAACAUGGCCGACCAGAAGAUAAAUCACGUAUAGUUAGUAUGAUUAGAGGCAAAGUUCUUCUUCUCAGUCAACAUAAAUUUGCCAGUAAUGUGGUAGAGAAAUGUGUUUCUCAUUCAUCACGAGCUGAAAAAGCAUUAUUAAUAGAUGAAGUUUGUAAUUUAAAUGAUGGACAUCACAGUUCUUUAUAUACAAUGAUGAAAGAUCAAUUUGCUAAUUAUGUUGUACAGAAGAUGAUAGACGUAGCCGAACCUCCGCAACGUAAAAUUCUCAUGCACAAGAUACGCCCACAUAUAGCUACAUUACGUAAAUAUACAUAUGGUAAACACAUUCUAGCUAAAUUAGAGAAAUUCUUUCUGAAAAAUAAUCCUGAUUUAGGUCCUAUUGGAAUGCCUACCAAUGGUGGGUUAGCGUAA